ACUUUGAGCCUGUGAUGGGCUGGAGAAAAGUCAACCGACUACAGGUCUUGUGACUGCUGCUCUGAUCUGAUGAAUAUCCAUCUUUCGGUCGAUCCUCCAUCAAAGUUGAGCUGGAUUACGCCAUUUUCCGCGUGGGGUUUUUAGCUUUGAAACCCAAAAAUAAUCAAGAGAUUUUAUUUUACUUCCCCCUGAUCCCUACUUGCGAUAUUUUCCAAAGUUGCAAUCUUUAUCCUUGGAUGCUCCAAAGUUCAAUCAUUUCCGCGAAAUUUCAAGAAAUCCCAUCAAUAAAGUCUCAAGCUUGAUCUGAAAUUCAAUAACUUGUCUGAAGAAAUGGGUGGUUGUUUCAGCAAGAAAAAGUACCCCCAAUCAAGUAUUAAUGGGCACAGAUCAGGAGGUGGUGCAGCAGCAGCAGCCACCACCACAGCAUAUCAGCAGAGCUACCAAACCAAUCAAAAACAGGCCGUCCAAUACACUCCUCAGCCACAUCAAGCAGAGAGGUUUUAUCAGCCGCAGCCACCGUCAUCUGUUCCUGCAAAACCUUCAGCGCAACCACCCCAGAGGCCAAGGCCUGCUCAGAGGCAGGAGCCAAAUACAAUUUUGGGGAAGCCCUUCGACGAUGUGAGGGCCCACUACACCCUUGGCAGAGAGCUGGGUAAGGGUCAGUUUGGGGUGACCUAUCUUUGUACUGAGAAUGCAACUGGGCAAAAAUAUGCCUGCAAGUCAAUAUUGAAAAGGAAGCUUGUGAGCAAAAAUGAUAAGGAGGAUAUGAAGAGGGAAAUUCAGAUAAUGCAGCAUUUGAGUGGACAGCCUAAUAUUGUGGAAUUCAAGGGUGCUUAUGAGGAUAGGCAAUCAGUGCACAUUGUUAUGGAACUUUGUGCUGGUGGGGAGUUGUUUGAUAGGAUUGUUUCUAGGGGACAUUAUUCUGAGAGGGAUGCUGCUGAACUUAUCAGACAAAUUGUGAAUGUUGUCCACAUUUGUCAUUUUAUGGGUGUGAUGCAUAGGGAUCUCAAACCUGAGAAUUUCUUAUUAGCAAGCAAGGAUGAAAAGGCAAUGCUAAAGGCAACUGAUUUUGGGCUCUCUGUCUUCAUUGAAGAAGGAAAGGUCUACCGUGAUAUAGUUGGUAGUGCAUACUAUGUUGCUCCUGAAGUAUUGCGCCGUAGCUAUGGGAAAGAAAUAGAUAUUUGGAGUGCUGGUGUUAUUUUGUAUAUUCUACUUAGUGGUGUACCUCCAUUUUGGGCUGAGACUGAAAAAGGAAUAUUUGAUGCCAUACUGCAAGGGGAAAUUGACUUUGAAAGCCCGCCAUGGCCAUCGAUUUCGAAUAUUGCCAAAGACCUAGUUCGCAAAAUGCUGACCAUGGAUCCAAAAAAGAGGAUCACUUCUGCACAAGUUCUUGAGCAUCCAUGGAUAAGAGUAGGUGGAGAAGCAUCAGAUAAGCCAAUUGAUAGUGCAGUACUGUCCAGAAUGAAGCAAUUCAGAGCAAUGAACAAGCUCAAGAAACUCGCUCUGAAGGUCAUUGCUGAAAACUUAUCUGAAGAAGAAAUCAAAGGUCUUAAAGCAAUGUUCACAAAUAUAGAUACCGACAAUAGUGGCACAAUUACUUAUGAAGAGUUGAAAUCUGGAUUAGCUCGACUUGGAUCUAAGUUGUCAGAGAACGAAGUGAAGCAACUCAUGGAAGCUGCUGAUGUGGAUGGUAAUGGAUCCAUUGACUACAUUGAAUUUAUUACUGCUACAAUGCACAGACACAGGCUUGAAAGAGAUGAGCAUCUGUAUAAAGCAUUCCAGCACUUUGACACGGAUCAUAGUGGCUUUAUCACGAGAGAUGAACUGGAGUCUGCUAUGAUGGAGUAUGGAAUGGGUGAUGAGGCCACCAUAAAGGAAAUUAUUUCAGAGGUGGAUACAGAUAAUGAUGGGAGAAUCAAUUAUGAGGAGUUUUGUGCAAUGAUGAGAAGUGGAACUGCAGCACAGGGGAAGCUCUUCUAGAACGUAAGCACUUGACCUCUCAAGGGAAGUUCUACUGAUUUGCUAGGUACAGUAAGAGAGGUCUGCUGGUAAAAGGGCUAUUUGGCCUGAGGACGCAUGAGUCAGCAAAUUUUUUUUUUUCUGUAUCUUUCGCCAAAAUUGUGUAUCGAAACGAUUGUAGUUAACACAGAAUGAGGCCUAUAGUUUGGAUUUCUUCUGGAGUAAAUCGCAGUUGUGCAUAUUUGGUUGAAUAAUAACGUUGUGGGUUUCUCUACAUAUCACUGUGUUUCACCCAAAUUUUACAUUGUCU